GCUAGGCGCGCGCGCGCGCGAGGCAAGUCCGAGCAGUUUGGCGAACGUUGCGCGUGUUGCCAUUCUCUUUCUUUAUUAGACAAGAACAUGUGCGUAACAUGAGAACUUUGUGUAAAGCGCUCCGUUUGCGUGCAGUUUUUAGGCAUCUUUGAUCAUGAAGUGGUGGUGCCUGUUCCUCAUCAGAGAUGAUGCAGGAAAGGAUACUGUGGAAGAAUAUUUUCGCCGUUUGAAAGUGCUGACAGCUUCGACGUCAUGGAAGGUGCGCUUUGCUGCGAAUCACUUGCUACCGCUGAUGCCCCAUCAAGAGAUUCACUUCGCGAUCUUGCCAUUUCUCCUGAGCACCUGUGAGGAACUUGAGGUGUCGUGGAAGUCGAGCAAGCUGGGUUCGUUCGAGGGCGAUUUGCAAAGCUGGCUAGACAACCUUGCAAGGUUCAAAGACACCCAUGAGUUUCCAUCUCAGCUGUCGUCGGCCGAAGGCGGCAGUGCUGCAAAGCGCAUCCAUGACCUGCUCGACAAGUUGCCAAUCCCUGGAACCCAUGCCUUUGAUGUUAUAAUUGAUAGAAAUCUGUUUAGCGACUUGGAUGUCAAAACCAACGUCUUGCUCUAUGGUUCCCUGCUUAGAGCGCAUGUGUGGCAUCAUGCAGCUUUUAGACCUCUGGGAGUUGGCUCUAACAGUUCACAGCUCAACACUUGGUUGGAUCACCUGGGAGUUGCUAGCGUUGCCCUUGAAGCUGCUUGGAUUCCCGUGUGGAAAGGAGCUGUCGCUGUUGGGAAUAGUGCACCAUCAUGCCACUUUGAGCUUCAGUGCUCUGUUCCUGCUUUUGAAUUGACAGCCUUGAACAAGAUUUCAGCAUCUUCUGAGGAGAAACUUUUAAGUGAGUUUCAGGAAAAUGUGGUCUGGAGUUCAUAUCUAGAGAUCUUGGAGGAAUUUGCUUUUAGCAGCCUUCCGAUGCACUUGGUCAUUCCUCUUCCUUUUCGACUUGUGCCUAUAUCAACUGUUCACAGUAUGGCAGCAGAGUUUCUGAAGUGCCAAGCAGCUGAUCAAGAGAGGUGUGUGACUGUGCGGCUGUCAUACUGGGAUGAUGUCGAGCUCAAAACAAAACCCUCCAAGCCCUCUACCUCACAAUGGCGGCAUAGUCUACUGAUGGAAAGGCCAUUGCAGCCUACUUUGGUGGUUGACCAGUGCCUUCAGGAAGCAAGUGGCUACUUGCAUUUUAUAUUAGUAUCAAGUGGCAGCACGUCACUUCUUUUCCCUUUGCGGAAAACGCCUUCAUCAACACCAGAAAUGUGCCUCUAUUCUGGCCGGGAGGGAAGCUCCUUGCCACCCAUUCCUGAAAGUGCAACUGUUGAGCUGCUACAAGACAUCCCAGUUAUUUGCAUGAGCAGCAUUCUUGAGUCCGUGCAUCGCAUCAAUUCCCUCCGCCUUGCUGCACUCGGGAAUUUUAUUGCUAGUGGCCAAAGUACUGGCCUUCAGAUUGAAGAACUUGAAAAUUCUUUCGAUAAAAUGAGUGUGGAAGAGUCCGAUUGGGUGAUUGACGCUUCUGAGAAGCCUUCUGUGAGCCCAUCUGACCACGUGACAUUUGCAUCUCUCGGUGAUCCUUCUGACUGGCCUGAAAGGCGGUUUCUUGUUUCUGAGUCAUUAAAAGGCUCAGCGUCUGGUGAAAAUCGCACCAUGUCGAAUGCAGGUGGUAGCCCUGGCCACAAAAUGCUUUCCAUAUCAGCCGCUGAGAUAAUUAAACUGUUUGAUGAGUCUGGGCGUGCCAAACGGAAGCCAGUACACCCCGUUCAUGUUGUGGGCCAAAGCACCAAGCCAUCAAUCUCUAGGAAUCAGGUGGAAAGCACGUAUUGGCCAGAUGUUCUUCAGUGCAAGUAUCAUGAUAUGUAUUACAACACGGACUCUGAAGUGUUGGAGAGCUCCUGCUGUGCAAUGCGAGAGCAAUGCUUGGUUGACGAGACAGCUACUACUUGCACUUCUAGUCUGGAAAGUUCAACACUGUCCCAAUCCAAAUCCAGGAAACCUUCAAGCAAGGCAUGUGUUCCUGCACGCAAGAGUCCUCGAAAGCGUAGUCUUAACAGGGACCGAACCACACAGCAAGGCCACCAACAAAAGCAUUCUCUCUCAUCAGCGUGCAAUGAUCGUGCUGGAUUGGCACCUCUUCGUAGGAGCCCACGAAAGGCUGCUUCAUCUCAGAACUUGCAACGGAUUCCUCUUGUCCGGAAUAGCCCGCAAGCGGCUGCUUCUCCAUUCCUGCUUCGAAGGAGUCCACGUAAAAAUACCAGAAAGCGAGAGUGUGAUGAAUCAAGGAGAGAGACAGUUGAUCCAGUGAGUGGUACAGCAGCUAACCUACGAUUGAAACUGCGAGUAGCGGUGGCGAAUGCCCUGGAAAAGAAUGGCGUAAUUCAAGGCAGUCCCCUGUACAAGCCUUGCGGCAAAAAGCUUUUUGCCAUCUGUAGUACCUUUGCUCAGGAUCUUGUUGGCAGUGGUCGUACCAGUGAGUUGUUACAAAAGAUUGCAGAUUCCCAUGCAAAGCAGGUUGUAAAGUUUGAAAUGCUCAAGCCUGGACACCGCAAGUCUGAGACUCUGGGAACCAGUUAAUGAGAUGUUACGUUUUUUAGAAUAAAAAGUUUGUUUUGUAUUUACACAACCAUAA